UGCCAACGAAAGGCUAAUAAUAAGCAAAAGGGAAAGGGGGGCGUCGAUCUAUGCCGCCUUGGACAAUUGGACCAUAUGAGUAUCUCUUGUUUCUCGCUUUUCUCUGUUCCCCGACCCUUCUCGCAACUUUAGGAUCCUUUUCCCUCCGAGUUCUUCCCUCUUCUCUUUCUCUCUCUCAGUCUCCCUCUGCUUCGCCUCUUUCAGGAUCCCAAAUUUUUAUGGCAUUUGAAUGCCCAACGAGUACCGAGGUUUCAAAAAGUUUGGUAGAACUUUUGUUAGAUCCUGGCAUUGAUAUAGCUGAGCCAAAUCCGCUUUCUAACAAAACCGAGUGUGAAGGGAUUGCAACAUCUGGUCCCUUUUUAAAUAGCAAACCUGAAUAUGAGAAGAUUGACAAAUCUAAACGAGCAUCGAAGUUUCCUUCCAAGAAAGGAAUUAUAACCUCAUUUCAUAGUGAUGUUGUUCUUGACUAUUGUCGGUCAAUUACUGAUCUUCCCCCGGCCUUGAUUUCUGAAAUUCUGAAUUACCUUGAUCCAAAAGAGCUUGGUAUUGUGUCUUGCGUCUCCACAAUUUUCCAUAGACUUGCAUUUGAACACCAUGCUUGGAAGGAAUUCUAUUGUGAGAGGUGGGGACUUCCAACAGUUCCUGCCGUUCUGGAUUCAGAAGUUACAGAUGAGAAGUCAUGGAGGGAGCUAUUUGUGGAAAGGGAGUUUAGGAGCAGGACAUUUAUGGGACGUUAUAGCAUUGAUGUGUUGUAUGGCCAUACUGAGGCGGUUAGGACUGUUUUCCUGCUGGCUUCCGCAAAGCUCAUAUUUACCUCAGGAUAUGAUUCUGUUGUGAGGAUGUGGGACAUGGAAGAUGGGUUAUCUAUUGCAUCAUCGAGACCUCUUGGCUGUACCAUUCGUGCUGUUGCAGCAGAUAGAAGGCUGCUGAUUGCUGGGGGUACAGAUGGGUUUAUUCACUGUUGGAGAGCAAUUGAAGGACUCUCUCAUCUAUUUGAGCUUAGAAGCGCACAUAAUCAGAAUACUGAGUUUCGACUUUGGGGACAUGACGGUCCGAUAACUUCACUUGCCUUAGAUUUGACUAGGAUCUACAGUGGUUCUUGGGACAUGACCGUUCGACUGUGGGAUCGUUAUUCACUGAAGUGCACGCAGGUGCUGAGGCACAGUGAUUGGGUAUGGGGUCUUGUUCCCCAUAAUACUACAGUUGCCUGUUCAUCAGGUUCAGAUGUGUAUGUUUGGGAUACUAAUAGUGGAACUUUGAUGACCAUUAUUCAUAAUGCUCAUGUUGGUAAUACUUAUGCUUUGGCACGAAGCCAUACAGGUGAUUUCCUUUUUACUGGAGGCGAUGAUGGUGCAAUAAACAUGUAUGAGAUCAUGAGUGAUCGUGCUGAAACCAAACCUUGGAAAAUUGCAACAUGGAUUCCUCACACUGGUCCAGUGUAUUCCCUUUCUUUUGAGUUUCCCUGGCUUGUUUCAGCAUCUAGUGAUGGCAAGUUGGCUCUUAUUGACGUGAGAAAGCUGCUGCGAUCUAGCAAGUGUGCUUUGGAGAAGCGAGUUUCAAGGGCAAAGCAUUUGGAACGGAGCACGGUAGAACCCCCCCAGAGGAUGCUUCAUGGAUUCAAGAGCAAUCUUUUCUCAGUUGAUAUAGGUGCUGACCGAAUUGUCUGCGGAGGUGAGGAAGGCAUAGUUAGGAUCUGGAAUUUCACACAAGCAUUGGAAAUUGAGCGCCGAGCCCGUGCUUUAAGAGGGAUGCGACUUGAAAACAGAAUGCGGCGACGGCGGCUCCAAGCUGAGGUGAGCAAUAAAAAUGGCAGAAAUGAUCAAUGUUCAGUAGCAGCCAAGAAAAGUUCAGGAAAUGGUAUUUGGCCUAGUAAGCGUGGGGUGAGUGGAAAGCUGAAGGCAUAGCAUCUAACACAACAUUAGGCGUUUGUUUCUCUUCUCACUUAGUUUUAAAAUGCACGUUGAUGGAUACAGUAUUUGAUUUCAAGCAAGUAUUAAUCAGUAUUAGUAGCAGACAAAUUUAGAUUCUGAUCUUGUAAGUUUCUGAAGUGAAAGUAUCUCAGACGAUUACCUUUUCGCA